CGUUUUGGGUGGACUGUGAGGAAUACCAUGGCGAAAACAGUGGCAUCAUCCGGCGCAGUGGCGGGUGAAAAGAUGACACCACCAUCCAUCACCCUCCUUCCCGAGAAGAGAUCUCCAACCAACGGCCACAGCUCCCCGGUCCGCACCGGAAGAUCCACUCCGUCGAACUCAGAGAAGAAGCCACACAUAAACGGACACGCGUCUCCUUCGCACUUAGCAGCCAACAGCAGUAACAGUCACGGAGGUAAACAAAUGGUGGAGGGUUACAUGAAGACAGAUGACAGGAUGCGUUUGGCCAAAGAGAGACGCGAGGAGCGGGAGAGAAGCCUGGCGGCCAGGGAGCAGCUGAUCCGGGAGAAGGAGCGCCGAGCUCGGCUGCAGUACGAACGCACAGUGGAGGAACGCUGGAGGCGCCUGGAGGAGCAGAGGCAGAAAGAGGAGCUUCGCCGAGCCGCUGUGGAGGAGAAGAGGAGGCAGCAGCUCGAGGAGGAGAGGGAGCGGCUGGAGGCUCUGAUGAAACGCUCCCUGGAACGAAGCCUCCAGCUGGAGCAGAGGACCAAACGCUGGAGCCGGGGCUGCGCUGGAGCAGGUGACUGUGAGAAUGUCCCACUCCCUUUCUCUGCUGCCUCCGCCUUUUCCCAUGGCAUUGCCUCCCCCCUUCCUGCUGUCAGCGAAUCUGCUCCCUGCAGCCCUCACAGGUCACCUUUCCGCAGCUCGCUGAACCCAGCAGAUCACAGCAGGGCAGGACUUCAGGGAGGCUCUCACUCCACUCCCAAUACCCCCAAGAAAGAGCGCCUGCGCAGAGAGAGAAGAACUGCUUCACCCGGCUGUGGAUCCCCUCUGAGGAGAUCUGAAUCCCCUGCAAGUGUUACCAAGCACCUGGUCUCACCUACUACCUCCAAGCUGACAACAAAGAUGCGCUCCCAGUCUCCAAGCAAAGCACACCAGUACCAUUAUUCCCCGACGAGACAUCAGCAAAACCCGUUGAGUGACAACAGCAAAGCAGAUGACAAGGCGGUGGGACAAAACUGUGAACAGUCCAAGGCUGCUGAGAGCGGAGUGAAAAGCAGCGGCUCAAACGCACCUCCGCAAGUAGCAAAGAAUCCAAUCACUGCUGAAGUAACAAAAAACAAAUCCUCCAAAGGUGAACACACUGACAGAAACCUGAAGGGGGACACAUCUGAGAAAUGUCUGUCCCCAGACCGAAAUACCCAGAAAUCCCCCAAAGUGGAUUCCUCAGAGAAGAGAAUGCAGAACAGCGCUCAGGAGGGAGACAAGAAGAAAGAGCCAGCAUCAAACCCGUCUGCAGGGAGGGCGGCGGCCGGCACAACAAACGCAGAGGAGGCAACCAGACUGCUGGCGGAGCGCAGGCGUCAGGCUCGAGCCCAGAAGGAACUGGAGGACAAAAAACAGGAGGAAGAGGAGGUACAGAGAGCGAAGGAGGAGCAGCUGAGGAAGCAGCAGGAGCAGCUGAGGAAGCAGCAGGAGCAGCUGAGGAAGCAGCAGGAGCAGCGACAGCAAGAGGAGAAAGUUCAACAAGCAAAGGAAAGAGAGAAACAUGAACAAGAGCUGAACAGGCUGAAGCAAGAGGAAGACAAACGAACAAGGGAGCAGCAAGAAAAGGAUCUACUGGCCCAGACAGACAGAGAGAAAGAAAAAGCCAAAGUCCAAGCUCAAGAGGACGCAGUUCGUCAGCGACAAGACAGAGACCUGCUGACUCAGCAAGAAGAGGAGGAGCGACAACUCAGAAAAAAGAGAAUUGAGGAGAUCAUGAAGAGAACGAGGAAGGGUGAAGCUGACCUGAAGAAGGAGGAGCAGGUGGAAUCAAAGUGCGUCUUACCAGCAGGGGAUGGAAAGACUAAAGCUCAGGCGAACGAUCAGGGAAUGAAAAAGGCGGAAUGUCAGGUUCAGGAGCAGAUCACAGUCCAGGUCAAAACAAAUGAGAGUACAGCUGUGAAGAACAAAGCAGCAACACAGAUGGAGAGUCAGAAGAAGAGCGUGCAAGUCAAAAACAACAGUCACCCUGUGACACCUGCACACGGUGUUCCUGACAGGAGACACGACUCAAGACCAGCCAGUGAGGAGGGAAGCGGCCAAGCUAACAAAGACGCCAGAGCCUGUGAGGCCAAGCAGCAGGGAAGAGAGGCGGAGCUGAAUGUAAACAAGCACCACAGAGCGAACGCCAAAGUCGCAGACCAAAUAAAUAAAGAAGCCACAAAGCUGACGGCAGAUGCCAAAGUUAACCAAAGAGAGAGCGGUGUGAUGAAUGGAGCCGUGAAGGUUGCAGUUACUCAUACAACUCAUAAAAAUGCUGGAGCAAGCGAUCAGCAAAGCCUGAAGGUGUCAGGACCUGAUGGAAAGGCUAAAGGAGGAGCCAAGCCGGAGGUGGUCAGGCCCCCGAUGACGCCCCUGCCAGUGGGAAAGUUAGUGCCGCCGGUCAUCAAACUGGAACCCCUCGAUGUGAAACGGACGGGCUCGAGUGACGAGGUGCAGUCCAUGGAGGUCAGCCCAGCCUCAAAGGAAGAACUCAUUUCCAUCCCAGAGUUUUCACCUGUCAAUGAAAUGCAGCACUCUGGCAUUAGUAACACCCGGGCUCUUGAAGACCUGAUGGACCUGACAGGAAGCGUCUCCUACCCCAAACUGUCCUCGGAGAGCAACGCAGGCGACUGCAACAAGAACCUCAUUGAGGGCGUGGUGAGCCCCAUGUCAGACUCAAAGCUGAUCGGCAUGUCGACUCCUUCAGCAAAUAAACUCAGCAUCAAGUAGUUCGUUAGGCUCUCUGACCCCCUCUCUCUUGCUUGCUUUCGUUCUCUCUUUUUCCUCUCUCCGUCACACACACAUGCACAUGAUGCCACAUUGUGAGUAUGUGGCCUUGAGUCCUGCAGGUAUGGGAACAGAGCCAUAGAGAUUGACUUAACAAAUGACUUGCAAUUUCAAUAAAUUAUCUCUUAUAUACUAAAUGCGUAGGAACUGACCACUGGAGUAAUGUA